UCCCCGCCGCCGCCGCCCUUCGCGCCCCGGACCGUCCCCCUCCUCCUCCCGCCGCGGAUCCGCCAGACAGCGAGGCCCCCGGCCGGGGCAGGGGGGACGCCCCUCCGGGGCACCCCCGGCUCUGAGCCGCCCGCGGGGCCAGCCUCCGCCCGAAGCCGGGGAAGGAGCCGCCGAGGAGCAGCCCGAGGCCCCAGAGGCUGAGACGAGCCGCAGCCGCCGCCACUGCGGGGAGGAGGGGGAGGAGGAGCGGGAGGAGGGACGGGCUGGUUGGGAGAAGAGGAAAAAAAGUUUUGAGACUUUUCCGCUGCCGCUGGGAGCCGGAGACGCGGGGACGGCUGGGCGAAGCGCUGCCCCGCGAGGAGGCAGGACCUGGGGACUCCAGACCGCCCCGCUCACCGCCGCGGACGCUGGCUCCGUCCCUGCCCCCUACACAGCGUUCCCCGGGCACCCCCAUUCCGGACCAGCCCCAGGAGCCGCAAACCCCGCCUCCCGCGAAGACUUCACCCCAGACCUGGGGCGCACCCCCUGCACGCCCGUCUCCCGAGCCCCCCGCAUCCCAGGACCCUCUCUCCUCUGGGAGUCCGAUCUGUCUCAGACCUGCCACCGCUCCCCCAUUCAAGACCACCCACCUUUUGGUACCAGAUCUCGCCCAUCUCGAUUUCCACCCCCCCACCCCCGUACCGUGGGAUACUGAGACACCCUGUGUCAGAGCCUCCUCGCAACCCCUGCUUUUUUCUCCCUGAGGACCUCAGUUUUCUCCUGGGACCCUUCUACCUUUCCCCCGGGAGAUUCUCAACUCCUGCAGGGGCGGGGCCUCCCCAUCCCACCUCUGUCGGGUUCGCGAUCUCGGCAGUGCCGGGGGGCGCCGCCUCCCCCAUGCCGCCCUCGGGGCUGCGGCUCCUGCCGCUGCUGCUACCGCUGCUGUGGCUACUAGUGUUGACGCCUGGCCGGCCAGCUGCGGGACUGUCCACCUGCAAGACCAUCGAUAUGGAACUGGUGAAGCGGAAGCGCAUCGAGGCCAUCCGCGGCCAGAUCCUGUCCAAACUAAGGCUCGCCAGCCCUCCGAGCCAGGUGGACGUGCCUACCGGCCCUCUGCCCGACGCCGUGCUCGCUUUGUACAACAGCACCCGCGACCGGGUGGCGGGGGAGAGCGCCGACCCGGAGCCUGAGCCCGAGGCGGACUACUACGCCAAGGAGGUCACCCGCGUGCUAAUGGUGGAAACCAACAACCCAAUCUAUGAAAAAACUAAGAACAUCGCACAUAGCAUAUAUAUGUUCUUCAACACAUCAGAACUGCGGGAAGCGGUGCCUGACCCCUUGUUGCUGUCCCGGGCAGAGCUGCGUCUGCAGAGGCUGAAGUCACAUGUGGAGCAAUAUGUGGAACUGUACCAGAAAUACAGCAACAAUUCCUGGCGCUACCUCAGCAACCGGAAGCUGACCGCCAUUAGUUCGCCUGAGUGGUUGUCCUUUGAUGUCACUACCGUUGUGCGGCAGUGGCUGAGCCAAGGAGAGGUAAUUGAGGGCUUUCGCUUCAGCGCCCACUGCUCUUGUGACAAUAAAGAUAACAUACUCCAAGUGGAAAUCAACGGGAUCACUCCCAAACGCCGGGGUGACCUGGGCACCAUUCAUGACAUGAACCGGCCGUUCCUGCUCCUCAUGGCUACCCCGCUGGAGAGGGCCCAACAUCUGCAUAGCUCCCGGCACCGCCGAGCCCUGGACACCAACUACUGCUUCAGCUCCACGGAGAAGAACUGCUGUGUGCGGCAGCUGUACAUUGACUUCCGCAAGGACCUGGGCUGGAAGUGGAUCCAUGAGCCCAAGGGCUACCACGCCAACUUCUGCCUGGGGCCUUGCCCCUACAUUUGGAGCCUGGACACGCAGUACAGCAAGGUCCUGGCCCUGUACAACCAGCACAACCCGGGCGCGUCGGCGUCGCCAUGCUGCGUGCCGCAGGCACUGGAGCCGCUGCCCAUCGUGUACUAUGUAGGCCGCAAGCCCAAGGUGGAGCAGCUGUCUAACAUGAUCGUGCGCUCCUGCAAGUGCAGCUGAGGCCCCUUCCCGCCCCGCCCCUUCCCGCCCCGGCAGGCCCGGCCCCGCCCCGCCCCGCCCCGCCCCGCCCCGCCCGCCAAGCCCGGGGCUGUAUUUAAGGACACCUGCGCCCCCAAGUCCACCCUGGGGGGCCCAUUAAAGGUGAGAGAGGACUG